UGGGAUCGAAGAUCCUUCAAGCCAUAACUAGGAAGCGGCAAUGGAGGUGAAAUUGCAGGUGCUGGUGGCGUUGGCCAUGGCUUUGUCCUUGUUCUCUGCUGCAUCGGCCACGGCGGGCCUCGCCGUUUACUACGCACCCCAAUAUUAUCCCGCGGCUUGUCCAGGGUUCACUCUGAAGAACAGCGGAGUGAUGGUCGCGGGAGUGAGCGAUGCGUUGUGGAAUAACGGGAGGGCCUGCGGACGGAUGCUGAAGGUCAGAUGCACCGGUGCGGCUAACCAGUUUCCGAACCCUUGCAGGGCCGGCGUCAUCACGGUCAAGGUCGUGGACUACUGCCGGCAACCGUGCAACGGGGUCAUCAACCUCUCCCAGGACGCCUUUGCAAAGAUCGCCAACCUCGACGCCGGCAAAGUCUGGGUGGACUAUUCCUAGGAAGGACCUCGAACCACUUUUCUUGAAGGAAAAACGUAUAUGGAUGAUACCGAAGAUAAUGUCUGCUUUUGUGGUUUGGCUUUGCCGGGUUUGAAGACCACUUAAAUAACGCGAUACUUAAUCGCCGAUAUGGUUUGAAUAAAAAUAUGAUUGUGUGACGUUAA